AUGAUCUUGUUAUUGAUGCAAUAACUCACAGUUGAAUAGAGUAACCUAAAACUUUAAUCAAAGAAUUUAUGCAUGCCUUUUAAGAAGUAAAUAAGAAAGUGCUUGCAAUCAUAAAUUUACCUUUUAAAUAGCAUAAAGGCAAAGAAAUGUUGUGUAAUGUUUACAUACCAAAAUUUAUUAUCUCUUUGGGUAAAGAGAAUUAAAAACUAUAAUGUGUAAUAUGUUAUAAGAGGUAUAUAUACCUUAAGUAAACACUUUUAAUUAUGUUUUACCUAAAUAGAAAAUUGA